GGGGAGGAGGAAAAAAAUAAAGCUCUAUGCACCCUUUUGGAUUCCAUUCGUGACCUGGUGAUCGACGAGAAUAUGAGAAUGGUUUGAUCAAGGUUACUGGACUGUUGAAUGAUUUGGUGUAUCACAAUUCCCUCCGAGCCUGAAUAGGACCUCUCACCAUGCAGUGUUAUACGGAGCUUCUACCCCCAAUGGGGGUCACGCAUGCAAUAUCUGUUGCAUUCACAUCUGCAACGGCUCGAAAUCUCGUCGUCGCCCGGACUUCGCUGCUCCAAAUUUUUUCCCUAAUCGAAACGCCUGCGCGACACGAUGAUCUGAGCGAAGACACGGAAUCCAGCACGACAAAGCUGGUCUUGGAAAGAGAAUACGAUCUUCCUGGGAUAGUGACUGACCUGAGUCGGGUCAGUGUUAUGAAUACUAAGAGUGGUGGGGAGGCUAUAUUGCUGGCGUUCCGCAAUGCGAAGCUGAGUCUCAUCGAAUGGGACCAUGAGCGUCAUGGGAUAUCCACGAUCUCUAUCCAUUACUACGAGCGAGAUGAACUGGCCCAUAGUCCCUGGGUACCGGAUUUCAGCAGCUGUGGUAGUAUCCUCAGCGUUGAUCCAAGCAGUAGAUGUGCACUCUUCAAUUUCGGAGUUCGAAACCUUGCGAUUCUCCCAUUCCACCAGGCAGGAGACGACUUGAUCAUGGAUGACUAUGAAGCCAAUAUUGAGAAAGAGGAUGUGGAACGAGCAUCUGAGUUGAAUAAUGACACCGAUAUGAUGACAAAAGAUGAUGCGUCGUAUCAAACCCCGUACGCCUCGUCUUUUGUCCUUCCUCUAACUGCAUUGGACCCGUCCCUUCUUCACCCAAUAAGUUUUGCCUUUCUAUAUGAAUAUAGAGAGCCAACCUUUGGCAUCUUGUAUUCGCAAAUUGCCACAUCAAAUGCCCUCAUAUAUGAAAGGAAAGAUGUGGUCUACUAUGCUGUUUUUACGCUCGAUCUCGAACAACGUGCUUCAACGACACUACUUUCCAUACCUAGACUGCCUAGCGAUCUAUUUAAAGUGGUAGCUCUUCCUCCCCCUGUUGGAGGCGCCUUGUUAAUCGGCUCCAAUGAACUUGUACAUGUGGAUCAGUCGGGGAAGACAAACGCAGUGGGCGUCAACGAGUUCGCGAGGCAAUUGUCUGGGUUUUCGAUGACAGAUCAAUCUGAUUUGGCUCUUCGGCUAGAAGGAUGCACCGUCGAGCGUCUCGGAAGCGAUAACGGAGACCUUGUCCUGGCCCUGAACACUGGAAACCUAGCUCUGGUCCGUUUCAAACUGGAUGGUCGAUCCGUUUCUGGCAUUUCCGUUCUACUGUUACCGGCUCAGAACGGUGGGAACUUACUUGGGUCUAGUGCGUCCUGCUCAGCUUUCUUGGGUGAUGGGAAGGUUUUCCUUGGAAGUGAAGAUGCAGACUCGUUACUCUUGAAUGGGUCUUUGUCAAGUGGAAUCAAAAGACCGUCAACACAAUUAGAACACUUCUCGGAUGAACAGGCCAACGUUUCGGACGAAGAACUUAUCGAAGACGACGCUUAUGAAGAUGACCUUUACUCUUCUGCUCCCGCAGUGCCUCAUGAUACGCCUCACGCUUCGAUACCUCGCGUAUCAUCCGGGCUGUACAAUUUCCAAGUACAUGACAGGCUUCUUAAUACUGGCCCUUUGAGGGAUGUGGUUCUGGGGAAAUCUCAUACGACUACCAUGCAAGAAGAGGACCCUGCUCCGGUCGAUAACCCCGAUACUUUGGAGUUAGUAGCUGCUCAAGGCUCUGACAGAAGUGGUGGCUUGGUUAUCUUGAAACGUGAAAUCGACCCGGUUCCUAUCAGCUCGGUUAAAACCGACUCAGCCGAGUUUGCCUGGUCCUUGGAGGUGGCUCACGGUCCUGCGCGAUCUGAUAAGAGAGAAUCACGGUGUUAUGUGAUCGUCUCGAAAUCUCAAAGCCUUGACAAGGAGGAGUCUGAAGUUUUCCUCGCUGAUGGACAAGAUCUGUCGCCAUUCAAAGCACCGGAGUUCAAUCCAAAUGCCGAUUUAACAAUUGAAGCCGGAACCAUUGCCAAUGCAACCAGAGUCGUCCAGAUCCUGAAGAGCGAGGUUCGAAGCUAUGAUUCCGAUCUCGGCCUGGCACAAAUCUAUCCAAUCUGGGACGAGGAUACAAGCGAAGAAUGCACGGCCGUCAGUGCGAGCUUUUCCGACCCCUAUAUCGCUAUUCUUCGGGACGACCACAAUUUGUUACUUUUGCAAGCAGAUGCAAGCGGAGACCUCGAUGAGGUCGACCUAGCGGAUGAUUUUAAAUCUACAAAAUGGCAAUCCUGCUGUCUUUAUGAUGAUAAUUCGGGUGUAUUCACAGCGUCUUCUGAAAACCAACCCGAGGGUGGCAUGCUUUUGUUUAUGCUAAGCCAGGAGAGCAAGCUUUUUAUAUUCAGACUAGCAGACCAGAAGCUGUUGAAUGUUAUCGAUUCCGUGGACCAUUUGCAGCCAAUUCUAUCAUCUGAAACGCCCAGACGGUCUUACACGCGGGAGAAUCUGAAGGAAUUUGUUGUUGCCAACCUGGGCGAUUCUCAGUUCACAUCACCUUAUCUAGUGUUACGAACCGAGAAUGACGACCUGGUCAUUUACCGACCGUUUGUGGUAUGCAAAAAAACAGAAGGUAGCUCAUCAAGUCUACGGUUUUUCAAAGAGAGGAACUAUUCCGCGCCAAAAUCGUCUUCAGAUUACCCCAAUGUCCUACAGGACAGAAAGCUGCGGCCUAGACCGUUACGAAUAUUGCAGGACGUAUCAGGACUGAAUGCCAUCUUCAUGCCCGGAGAAUCUGCAAGCUUUGUAUUUCGAAUGUCGUCAAGUGCGCCACACGUUUUCCGGGUGCGAGGAGACUUUACCCGGAGCAUGAGUGAAUUCCAGAGCGUCCUCCCUGGAGGGCAAAGGGCCUUUGUUUACGUGGAUUCAGAGCACGCUGUUCAAAUUUCUCAUCUGCCACUCGAAACGCAUUUUAACUACUCGUGGACAAUCCGAAGAGUUCCAUUGAAGGAACAAGUGGACUACGUGACCUACUCUUCAUCGUCAGAGAAAUACGUGCUUGGAACGAGCAUGAGGGAGGAAUUCCGGCUGCCAGAUGACGACGAAUUACAUCCAGAAUGGGGAGGGGAAGUGAUAUCGCUUCCUCCUGAAAUUGAGCACGGCUCACUCAAACUUCUUAGUCCAGACACAUGGUCCGUUAUUGAUAGUUACCCGUUCGGACCUGAAGAACGAGUGAUGGCUGUCAAAAACAUUGAUCUUGAGGUCUCAGAAAACACUCAUGAGCGACGCGGCUUGAUUGUCGUGGGCACCUCGAUUGUCAAGGGCGAAGACGUUCCUGCCCGGGGCUGUCUGUAUGUCUUCGAAGCGAUCAAAGUCGUCCCUGACCCAGAGAAUCCAGCCCUCGACCGGAAGCUGAAGCUUAUUGGAAAAGAACCGGUGAAAGGGGCUGUGACGGCACUAUCUGGGAUCGGCGGGCAGGGCUUUUUGAUUGUUGCCCAGGGGCAAAAGUGUAUCGUGCGGGGACUCAAAGAAGAUGGUAGUCUUCUUCCUGUUGCCUUUAUGGACACACAAUGCUACGUGAGCGUGGUCAAGGAGCUCCGCGGCACGGGGAUGUUUAUGAUUGGAGACGCUAUGAAAGGGCUCUGGUUUGCGGGCUACUCGGAGGAGCCAUAUAAAAUAACUCUAUUCGGCAAAGACUCGGACUACUUGGACGUGGUGGCCGCCGACUUUCUGCCGGACGGCAAACGGCUGUACAUGCUCGUUGCUGACGGGGAGUGCAACCUGCACAUUCUCCAAUACGACCCGGAAGACCCGAAAUCCUCUAAUGGUGACCGGCUGCUCAACCGCAGCAAGUUCCACACGGGUCAUUUUGCGUCAACCGCGACGCUGCUCCCCCGCGCAGCGCCCGAAUCCGGUUCUGCCAAAUCCGACGCGGACAUGGAUAUGGACAUGGACCUCGACAGGGACAGUUCAUACCAGGUGCUCGUGACGUCACAGACGGGCUCGAUCGCGCUGGUGACCCCCGUCUCAGAGGAAUCGUACCGGCGGCUCUCUGCGCUACAGUCACAGCUGACGACGACGCUGGAGCACGCGUGCGGGCUGAACCCACGGGUGUUCCGCGCCGUGGAGAGCGACGGGACUGUCGGGCGCGGCAUGCUAGACGGGAACCUGCUGCGGCGGUGGCUGGAUCUGGGCGAGCAGCGCAAACAGGAGAUUGCGCACCGGGUUGGUGGGGAGAAAUGGGAGAUCCGGUUCGACCUUGCCAGUCUGGACGGAUUGGGAUAUUUGUAAUCUACCUACC